AUGGCUCCGGACAGAGGAAUCGAAGAGGCGACCGCCUUGCUCAAUCUUGGAACCCAACAUGAUGAGCUUGUGACCGAGAAGAAAACUGCAACAGAGACAAUUCCGCCUCACUUGUCGCACGACCCUGCCACCAAUACGAAACAAUCAGACCCGUUUCAAUUUGGACAGCGAUUUCUGUCAGAAGAUGAUGAUGUCUUCGCCUACAACGCAUGGGAUCACGUAGAGCCAGAUACGGCACAUCACGAAUACUGCGAGACCCAAUAUGCGGCGCAGCGUGCUUCUCCUGUCUCCGACUUCGACAGGACGCGCUUUAACGAACAUCCCGAGAAAUGGUGGGACCUGUUCUACAAGCAAAAGACAAGUACAUUUUUCAAGGACCGAAAGUGGCUUAUUCAAGAGUUUCCUGUGCUAAGCGAGGUCACGAGGCCCGACGCCGGUAAGAAGGUAGUCCUCGAAAUCGGUGCAGGAGCUGGAAACACGGCGUUCCCAAUCUUGAGAUUGAAUGAGAAUCCAGAGCUGAAGCUGUUUGCGGUAGACUUCAGCAAAAAGGCGGUUGAAACAAUGAGAAAUGCACAGGAUUACGCGGAGUCGAAGGGUGUUAUGACAGCCGAAGUCUGGGACGUGGCCGGAGAAACCCUGCCACCCAAUGUCGAUGAAGGGAGCGUGGACAUUGUGAUCAUGAUCUUUAUCUUCUCGGCACUGAAUCCGAAGCAGUGGCAACAGGCUCUGCUAAAUAUUCAGCGAGUCCUCAAACCGGGUGGGGAAGUAUUGUUCCGAGAUUACGGCCGAGGGGAUCUCGCACAAGUACGCUUCAAGGCCGGGCGAUGGAUGGAAGAUAAUUUCUAUGUUCGUGGAGACGGCACCAGAGUAUACUUCUUCGAAAAGGAAGAACUGGAAACGAUCUGGAGAGGGGCAUUCGACAUCUGCAAUCUGGAUGUGGAUCGCCGGCUGAUCGUCAACCGACAACGGCGUAUCAAAAUGUACCGGUGCUGGAUCCAAGGGCGGUUUCGAAAGAAGAAUUAUAGUGACACCACAGCAUGUGCAGCGUUUAACGCUAGUCUGGAACCGCCACCUCACAGAAACAGAUAG